GCCCGCCCCUCCCGGCCGGGCAGCGCCGCCAUGGCGCUGGAACUGGAGCCGGCCGCGGCUCCCCUCAGCUCCUUCCUGAGGGACUUCCCAGCGCCGCUGGGCCCGGGGGAGCCGCUGCCGUGGAGCUCCGCGGGGAGCGGCGCCCUGAGCAGGGCCGAGGUGCCGGGUGCGCUGGCCGAGAGGGCGAGGAGCCUCCUGGGCAGCAGAGGUGUAUYACCACUUCUUGCAGCAUCAUUGAUCCAUGCUGCAGUUGAUGAAGUUCUUCAAACAGACUUGACUGAAUUUAAGCUACAAAAUGUGCCAACAGAAGGAGAAGGAGAUGAGGAAAGGUUCACCUUGCUGGAUGGGGAGUCGCUGCAGCGCUGCUUUUUUAACAAGCUGCGGGAUGUGUGCUCCGAGUGGCAGAARCAGCUGCCACCACUGAGGCCACUGACACGGUUCCUGCUGGUGUCCAUCCACGCCAUCCGCAACGCUCGGCGCAAGAUGGAGGAUCGCCACGUCCUGCUCCCGGAGUUCAAUCAGCUCUUUGGUCUAUCAGAUGAUGUUGAUCGAGCUUACUUUGCUGUGUUUGAUGGCCAUGGUGGAGUGGAUGCUGCCAAUUACUCAGCUACCCACUUACAUGUGAACGUUGGGUUACAUGAAGAGAUUGUUAAGAAUCCAGCUGAGGCCUUGAAAUGCUCUUUCCAGAAGACAGAUGAAAUGUUUCUUUUUAAAGCCAAAAGAGAGAAGCUGCGGAGUGGCACAACAGGCGUGUCUGCAUUGAUUGUAGGGAACAAGCUACACAUAGCAUGGCUGGGGGACUCUCAGGUGAUGCUUGUGCAGCAAGGGAAAGCUGUGACAUUAAUGGAACCUCACAAACCAGAAAGAGAAGAUGAGAGAGCACGGAUUGAGACUCUGGGUGGCUGUGUGACCUAUAUGGACUGCUGGCGGGUUAAUGGUACCUUGGCUGUUUCCAGAGCAAUUGGUGACAUAUGCCAGAAGCCCUACAUCUCUGGUGAUGCAGAUGGAGAUUCCUUCGAGCUGACUGGCUCAGAAGAUUACUUGCUCCUUGCCUGUGAUGGAUUCUUUGAUUCCAUCAAGCCCCAUGAGGUUGUAGACUUGGUCCUGGAUCAUUUGAUGCAGACCAAAGGAGUGGGGCUCAACGCAGCAGAAAGACUGGUGGCUGCUGCCAAGGAAAAUGGAUCCAGUGACAAUAUCACUGUUCUGGUGGUGUUCUUGARGGAUCCUCAGGACAUCCUGGCAGACUGUCUCAGAGACUCCAAGAGCCCUAGGGCUGAUGAUGAUGCUCAGAGCUCACCCUUUAACUUCCUCAGCUGCGAGGCAGCAGCCACACAGUGACAGAAUCUSUGUAGUCCAGAAUGUUCAAGUGAGUUCAUGUAAGGAACUGCUUUCCACUGAAGAAGCCUCUAAUACAGUAGGCAAAAUGUAUCAGGAAAAAAUGACAAAUGGACAAACACGGAACAGAAAGGCAAGACCCCUUUUACUCAGUUCCCAUUUGUCUUUUCCUUCUCCCUUUCUUCCCCCUCCCCUCAAAAAACAUUGAGCAGAUGUGGAGACUUGUACAGCUAUUCAUCUCUGGGAGCAGCACUAAAGUGUGUCCCAGGGCUGCUGGUCACAUUUCUCUGCCCUGGAAGUGGUAAGAAACCAUAAUAGGUAUAAGCUAAUGGAUGAGAAUAUGCAUUUCAUUAAUUCUGAGUGAAAAUUUAAAUUAGUGCUUCAAAAAAGCACUGUUAUGUUGUACUUAACUGUGAUGUUACUUUGGAGGUUGGAGGGGAGAGCUGUCCCCACCACAGAAAAGCUUCUUCCUGUGUGUGUUCUGUAGGAACAGGCUCGGGGUGUAGGGACUGGGUGACACCAGUGUGCUGUGUAAGGUGCUUUUGGUUUGUACCAAAGAUACUACAAGAAUGAUGCGGCCUCUUUAUUCAAACAGAAACGUUUUGUGUGUAUGGGGAGGAGAAAAUGAAACAGGAUACUCCAGAAAAAGCAGGGAAACUACCUAGAAAUAUCCCAGGGAAAAUGAUAGAAAAUCAACUGCUUUCUGGGAUGCUCUGGUUUAUAAACUGGAAUCUGAUAUUUAACUGCACUGGAUUAUUUCUCKCUAACAAACAUGUUUAUUGGUUAUUUGGCAACCUGCAAAGAAAGACCCCUCUUGUGGUGUUUGAGAGAGAUCUUAAUGGUUUGUGUGCUCARGCAGRUAAAUGUGUUCUUCCUGCCACUAUUUUGUGUGCUAUAACAAAGGAGAAAUUUAUUUUUAUUGUGUUUGUUUAUUUUCUGAAUUUUACAUUUGGAGGAAUGUUUUGCAGUGUUACUUUAUUUUGUUGUGUUUUUUAUUUAAACUGGAAUUCUAAAGUGGCUCUGUCUUCAUUAUCUGGUGUAAAAAAACUGACAACCCUCAAGUGCCUUAAAUAUUUCACCCAAGGAUUGCUGGCUGCCUGUCCUAUUCUGGUGAGCCAGUUCCUGGUUUUUAAAUGUGACUUUUUCAUUAAUGCACUUAAAUGUUUCCAUUUUGUGAAUUAUUUUAGUGGUAACUAGGUUUCGAGAAAACAUCUCUUUCAUUGUUGCCAAAUGUUGUGGCUUGUAGUAAAAGCUUCAGUGUGACUUUACUCCCUGCCCUGUGCAAAAAGCUCUAAAUGGCUAAUCAUAAAGUAACAAUCUGAGUAAUUAGUAAUUUAAAAUCAAGUAACUUCUGUCCUUCACAAGAAAAUUUAGUGACACAAACUAGAAACAGUUUAGUAACACUUUUUGUUAAAGGAAGUUAAUUUGGCCRCACUUGAGGAACCUUUUGGUUCUGAAUAACUUUCUAAGGAACUGUGAAGCUCAGAAGAUGAAAGAAUUGUAAUGAAUAUGUGGGGUGUUUCACAACUGCUCUAUUCAUGACCGUGCUAGAGCCUCUGGUUGUGUUUUGUCUUGCCUGGCUAGCGGGGCUCAACAAGAUCUGAAGGCUCAAUGGUAAAUUUGYUAUUAAUUUCAGUGUCUAAACAAAAAGUGCUUUGCAUCUGGCAGCAAGAUUGUAUGCCGCAUUUAGAAGCACAUGUCGUUGCAAUAUGUCAGUCCUGUUGGUUAAAAUAUGGUGAGCAUUAAUGUUGCUUAGGGAGGAAGUUUAGGUGGAAGAGCUGGGAUGGCUCAGAGGAAGAACAGAGCAGCGCUGUCUGUGUCUGCAGUCUCUGGAUCCUUUGCUGAUGUGACCCGAGGUGUUUACUGGAAUUACUGUGGAAGAUCCUGCAGUUUUUAAUGUWGGAGCCCCUCAGUGAGCUCCUCUCACUACACAGCAGCUCAGACAGUGCCUGCCUUGUUUUGUCACAGGAGCUGUUCUACUAAGAAGGUUGUAAGCAGUUUUCCAUCCUUUGUUUUGGUGUCCUAAAAGAUCCGUGGAAGGAUUUCCAUUAUGGCAGCCUGUGGGGUGGACAUCAAUGUUUGUAGUGAACCUACUCCAGUUAAGGAAGUCCUUAAACUUGUGCAGUAAUGCCUUUGGAUUUAUCAACUCAUGUUGCUUUGAUUUCUAGCCCAGAUAUUCUGUGCUAAAUCCUGAUGACCACUAGUGCCUCUUGGUAUCUUUGAAAUAGUUAUUAGUAUAGUAAAAAUCAUGCAGAAUUGUUUGAUUUCAUUGCUAUCUGAGGUUUAUCYGGGGAGGUAGAAGCUAUUGUAUUUAUGAAGGGGAGUGUGAAAUGUUGGUAGGUCCGUGGUAUGGUUUAGUUCCUGAAAUUUGCCAGAUUUCCUGAAAGAUGGAGGUGAAUGAACAGGCCAAACUCUUUGUAAUGAUUCUUUUACUUCAAUCUUUAUGGGCAGAUUUGCAUUACAGAGGAAAGAAGGUCUUUUGAAGGAUGCCUGCAGCUAUGUGAGAAUAUCCUUUUUUGUUUCAAAUUUGAUAAUUUCUGUUUUAUGGGAGCUAAGUGAAGUGGGCCUUUAGAAAGCUCUCUGUGGCGAUCACGAAAUCUAAUUCUCAAGCAAUGCUCUAGGGAAGAAAUUCUGCAUUCUGAGAAGCUGUUCCCUUAYAGGUGUGUUAUUCUGACUGACAUAGUACUUUAUUUCUUUGAGAUAUAAAUGGAUAGGCACAGUCUUUGAGAAUUCAUACAGAUUGCAGUGUGGAUUAWAAGCAAUUUCUCAUUUUCUGAGACUUUUUGCUAGCUUUAAAAAGUCUGGUCAGGUCUGCAGAAUUUGCRAUGGAUCCAAAAAGGCAGUUUGUAUCCCAUCACUAGAAUAAGUAAUUCCUARCAUGUCAUCUACAGGAAAAUCCCAAAUACUGUUUGGGCGGAAGCUGUGGAAAUUAGCUGAAGGAUUUAAGACAAAUGAUAAAUAAUUUUUAUGUCUUUCUAGACUCCAAAUAAAUGUCUGCUGCUGCAUUUUUAGCACUCAGCAGAAGAAAAACUGRCCUUCAAAGGAGCCUGAAUUUCUAAAACAGAGCACUUAAAUUCUUUUGUUGUUUGAUUGGACACUGGCUUCAGUUGUUCUGCUUUGUAGUUAUCCAACAUCACUUCUGCUGAUGGGUAAAUCAUGCUUCUACCUUCCCUUCCUUUUCCCAUCCUUUCUUACAUAGACACACACCUAAGGCUGUGAAUAUUCUGGGUCUGACAGAGACAAGACKAAAAUUUUACAAAUUACAUUUGUGGGGGGUUCGUUUUGGCUUUUUUUUUGGAGAAUACAGAUGAUAGAAAUGCUGGAAAAUUUUUAGAACAGAGGGAGAUUAAGUAAAAUCCACCCUCUGAGUGAUGGAGGAGUGAAAGAGAGAGACAGGAAUGCAUUUAAGUAUUAUUAAUGCCUAUUUUAAAAAGGAAGUGGGCUGGAAAAUAGAGCUACAAAUGUCAGUUCUUUAGAGCGAAAUACCAGUGCUUGAAAGAAUUAGAAACACACCCAUUAAAAAGGCAGAGCUCAGCUGUGGUAACUCUGUCUUCAAAGAGCCAAGGAAGRAAUGGCACUAAAAGUGUCCAGGGUGACUUACUGUGACCCCUCAGUGCUGCCUUGGAAGCUAAUGCUACUAAAUGGAUUUUUGCAAACAGCCUCCCAUGUAAAGCAGUGCUAAGAGGGAGCACCCAGCCUCUGCAGGUCCUGGUCACUGUGCAAGUGCUGCCGUGAGUAAACGUGGAGUGUGUUAAUGAGUGGAGGGGAUGGUGAGCCCUGAAGAUGAGUAAUUGGGCACGGAGUGGUUACAGCAGAGUUGGCAGUUGAGUAGUGUUAAUCACACUGAUGACUUUAAUAGCAUUUAAUAGACACUUAUUUCAAUUCAAAGUCUGAUGYGAUGCUGCUCUUUUAAAAAGCAUUUCCAGUGCCAUUAACUUUCUGUCAUGAGAAGCCACUAAAAUUUCCAUUUUUUUGUCAGAUGUUGGGAAAAGUGCUUCUCUUGUUUUCUGAAUUCUGGAGAUAAGUUGGCUGCACUAGAAAACCUGUUUACAGUUGAUAGCUUAAAUCAGUUCUUUGGGGUUGAAGCUUCC